AGAAACUAUGACCUGAAUGCACAGUUAUUUCCUGGUUGAAAGGCUGAGACUGAGAGUAUAAUUGUAGGAAUGGCAGACAUUUCUUCUUUUGGUUCUGUUUUCAAAGUGUCAGGGAAUAAAUAAUUGCUGUGCUAACUUAUUGGUCCACCAGCAAUGUAGACGUAUUUGGUGUGUAUUAUCACGCAGUAACUGUAGCUCAGAUGGGUGUGGUUUACAAACCGUCAUCUGAAUUAUGAGAAAUGAUACAGUAUCAAGAAAGCAGAGACUCGUCGUCACUGCAACGGAGCACGUCGAAGAAUGGAAACUCUGAUUAUCAGUUUUGGAUAAAGACAUGAAGGGAAUGAGUCAAGCAGCUGUUCUCGUUGACAGGAACCAAAUGUCUAUCUACAUAUUCAGCAUUAACAAGCACAAUCUGCCAUCAGCGUUCAUCAAAUGCCCCAAAUCACAAUCAUGACAUCUACUGGAGGGGGAUUUACCACUUUUCGAUGGCUAUGCACCGUUUUUGGAUUAUUAUUUUAUUUAGGAGACAUUGUAUCAGACCUGGUGUUAUCUGUGCAGUAUUUUAGAGGCGGCCAUGCAACCUGGGCCGCACUGACUCUUUUGUUUGUUCUGGUCGGAUCUGUUUGCAUACAGAUAUUCAGCUAUGCAUGGUUCAAAGAUGAUAAGGAAAAUGAUGAAGUUGUUGACAAAGGUCUGUCCACUUGCCAUCUGAUCGGGAUACAUGUAUUGCAGAUAGGCAUUUUUACAAGGUAUUACCAUCUCCUGAAGAAGAGUUUUAAAACCCUGCGUUCAGGCAAGACUCAAGAGGUGGAGCAGUUACACCUUUUCGCCCUCGCUACGGAUCUGAGCAUGCUCCGCAUGUUCGAGACGUUCCUGGAGAGCGUUCCUCAACUCGUUCUGCAGGUCUAUAUCAUACUGGAGCACAACCAUCGAUCUAAUCUGCAAUACAUUAGCAUGGCUGUGUCUUUCGUCAACAUAGCCUGGGCCACGGUGGAUUAUCGGCGGUGUUUACGGCGCUCUCUAACUCACAUUAAUGAGAUGCCAUGUGGAAUCCCAACAGCUGUCUACUUGUUCUACAAAAUAUUUACCAUAACCCCUCGAAUCCUCUGCCUCACUCUCUUCAUCAUGCUUUCCCCCUUCAGUACUCUAGCAAUGGCCUUGAUAUGGCUUGUGGGAACCACCUGGGCAUUUGUGGAAAAGACGGAUUUCUGCAUUUCACCAGUCCUUGAACAUCUUUACCGAGCCAUUGUUGGAGUUAUCCUGGUUUUUACCUUCUUUAACAUUAAAGGAGUGAACACCAGAGUUCCCAUGACUGUGUAUUAUAUUGUCAGUGUGUGUCAAAAUCUUGCUGCACCUAUUUUGUUGUAUCUGCUCAAGCCAGAGUCUGAAGGGACUGACUACUUCCUGCCCAUUCUAUUUUUUAUAUUGAUUACUAAUUCACUCGGACUGGGUCUUCUGGCACUCUAUUACAAUCUCUUGCACCCUCCUGGAUAUGUGGCAGAUGAGGUAGACGGAAUAGAGAGACUGAAACAAGAGAAAAAAUCAACUCGUUUAGAUCGUUUUUUACAAAUGUAAUAAAACUAAUGAAAAGGUCCAUAUUUAUAUUUAUGCUGGAAUUGGUCAAAGAUGAAGGAUCUAUGUUUAAAAAGCUGCUAUGGAAUGAUAUCUGAUUUUUCAGGUAUAACAUUUUUAACCUGACAGGUGUCAUUGAACUUGUAAUAAUUUCUGCCAAUGUUUACAUUCUGUUCAUUUCAUCCUCUCACAGUAAAGCUGUUCAGUUUUCAACCCUAAAGUGAUUGCAAACACAGUUACGCACACUGACUUUAUGUUUGUGUUUACUGAAAGGUUUUAGAAAGAAAGAAAGAAAGAAAGAAAGAAAGAAAGAAAGAAAGAAAGAAAGAAAGAAAGAAAGAAAGAAAGAAAGAAAAAGAAAGAAAGAAAGAAAGUUGGGGUUGUAAGAUUUUUUUUAUGUUUUUAAUAGAAGUUUAUGCUCAGUCAGGCAGCAUUUACCGGUAGUUGAUUGGAAAUACAGAAAACAGUAAUAUUGUGAAAUAAUAAUAAAAUUUAAAAUACUACAUUUCAGAAUUUUUAUUUUUUACAUUUAUUUCUAGUAGGCCUAAUGGUAAAGCAGAAUUUUCAGCAGCCAGUACAUUAUGUCUUCAGUCUUCAAUUUGGUGAUAAAAAAAACCCAUUUCUUAUUAUAUUGUCUAAACAUGCUUAAACAUGUUAGCAUUGUGAAAAACCUGUCAGCCAGCAAUGUGCUAAUUCAUGCUAGCAACGUGAUAUUUCAUGCUAGCAAUUUAUUAAACAUACUAGUAAUGUGCUAAAACGUGUUAAGAACUUGUUAGCAGUUGGCUAAAAAUAGACUAACAUGCUAAUUUAUGCUAGUAACUUUCUACAAUACUUGAAACACGCUAAUUCAUGCUAGCAAUGUACUAAAAUAUGCGACAAACUGUGAUGCAUUUUUUCAGGAUUCUUUGAUGAACAGAAAGUUCUAAAGAACGGCAUUCAUUGAAAUCGUUUAACAUUAAAAAUGUCUACUGUCACAUUUGAUAACUUUAAUGCAUCCUUGCUAAAUUCCUUAAAAGGAAAAUCUUACUGACCCCAAACUUUGAAUGAUAGGCUAGUUUAUCUUCACAAACCAGAAUUUGCAGAAUUUGCUGUUAGUUCAAUCAAUACUAAAAUAAGACUGACACAAGAUGGCACUGUUGUUCCAAAAAAUCCUCCUGGCUAACAUAAAUACUGCCUCAUCCAACAGGAGAUGCCUUGAGCUGAAAUUUAGACUGUACUGAACAUGUUUAAUAUUUAAUUUUAUUGUAAAUAAUAUCUUUCUGUAAUAAAGGAAUUCUAUCUUUAUUUUACUGAAGUCUGUGAUGCCAUGUAUACAA